AUGAGAAGACAUGUGUUCCUUCGGAUAGUAGACGCUCUCUCAAACGUCUAUCCGUAUUUCCAACAGAAGGUUGAUGCAACUGAAAGAAGAGGCUUGUCAUCACUCCAGAAAUGUACCACUGCGAUACGCAUGUUAGCAUAUGGCGUAGGAGUUGAUGCUGUUGAUGAUUAUGUGCACAUAGGCGAGAGCACUACAAUUGAAUGCUUGGAAAAAUUUAUUGAAUGUGUCAUUUCGGUGUUCGAGGAUGAAUACUUGCGAAAACCCAAACCAAAUGACGUACAACGCCUGCUACAAAUGGCGGAUGGUCGUGGCUUCCCUGGCAUGUUGGGUAGUAUUGACUGCAUGCAUUGGCAAUGGAAAAAUUGUCCAAAGGCGUGGAAAGAUGGUAUUUAUUCUGAAUGGGCCACAUUUGUCAAAUCAAUCUCAAAGCCACAAGGGGAGAAACGCAAGUUAUUUGUACAAUACCAAGAAGGGCAAAGAAAAGAUGUGGAGCGAGCAUUCGGAGUGUUGCAAGCACGCUUUGCAAUUAUACGUGGUCCAGCUCGUUUUUGGGAAAAUAAGAAGCUUGCCAACAUAAUGAGAUCUUAUAUUAUAUUGCAUAAUAUGAUUGUUGAGGAUGAAAGAGACACUUAUGCAGGAAAUUUUGCUCAGGGCUUAGAGUAUGAUGAUGUCGAAAAUGGCUUAUCACAACCUCAGCUGGGAAAAUAA